AUGGCGAUCCAGUUGUCUGGUGAACAAACGGUCAGGACAUCAACAAGAGACUGGAUUGGUCUGUUCAAGAAAGGCUGGUCAAAACCAGAAGAGUUAAUUGUCUUUGAAUGGGCAACAGGUCAUGCUUCUGAAGAAACUCUGCCAAGAAGAGCAGUAACAUUUUGUUCAAAGGACUUUAGGAGCAGAAUAAAUCCAAAUGAUCAGUACCAGUUUGCUUAUGUCAGCAAGCUUCAUCAGAUUCUUGGGAGAUCCCAGUUCUUCUUAUUCAUUACAGAUGUGAUACAUCAGAUUCAUCAAAACUAUCUCAGUGAGAAUGUUUCCAGCGUAGAGACGGAUGACGAAGACAGUGACUGGCUACAUGUAUCACAGGUACAUUCACAAGCAAACAAGAGAGUAAAAGAAGUAUCAGGACUGGCAGGUGCAUUACCACAACUCGAUGUACCACCAAACUGUACACCUGCUCCCAAGAAGUAUUCUACAUGCAAUUGGUCAACAGGCCAUGUCACUAUAAAUCAUCAUCUUUCAGGGAAUGUCAGUCCCAGUAAAACAAAUGCUUUAAGAGUAGCUCCAGCUCCAUCUGUAGUGGAUACAUUAGCACAUCCUGACCUCCCACCAAACUUCAAUCGUAAGAAAUCCGCUGACAAGAAGUGCCCCACCUGCAACUGCCCAUCAGACUAUGUGAUCGCAAAUAAUCGUCUUACUGAGAAGGUUGUUUCACAGGCAGAACUAAUCCGUUCCCUAGAGUCAAAACUAACAGCGCUGCAAAGCGAACUGGAAUUGUGUCACGUUUCACAGCAGCAGUUGAAGAUAAAAGCAGACAUGGCAUGUAGAGAGAAAGAAAAUUAUUGUUCCUUUAUUGGACAGUUUCUUGAAUCUCUCAAGAGGAAAGGACAACUUAAAGUUGUUGAUUCAGAAGGUAAUACGAUAAUGGUAAAAAAUGUUUCCCCACAAGUGAAGGAUGGCCAAACCACUGCCAGAAACCAAAGCUAUGCCUCAUCAGUUGGUGCUCCACAGUGUCCCUUUGUGAGUGCAGCAGGUGAUACACAGCAGCGUCGCAGGCAAGAACUUGCAGCAGAGCUGAAACAGGUUUGUCGCAAGUGCUGUGAGGAAACAGAUAGUGUACAGAUAGGCAGCACAGACAUGUCAGCAGAAGACACUGCAGGGCAGCUGCACUCCACUGCCGCAGUUAAUGAUGCCAAUAAAGAAUUAAGUCAAGAUGACCCUGCUCAGCUGACAUGUGCAGAUGCAAGUGGAGAACAGCUGGAAAAUGGUAAAGAAUUAGUUAGUAAUCAGCCUACAGAAGAUGAGGUCAGCAGUGGGCUUGAGGAGCUCUUUCACCACACCUCACUGUCAUAA